AUGUUUAAAAAGGGUGCCCUGGGGCCCCUUUUGCACUCAGGCUUACCUUCCGGCGGCUCCGGUCUCGCCUGGAUUAUCACUAACCACGACCUGAACUCCAUGCAGAAUGAUAUCAAAAAAGAUGCAGACCAACAAAGAACAGAAGAAACGCUCUGGCCGAAAACAACUGUCCAAGCCAGCGCAGAAACCAUUGCCCAGGCUAGCAACGAGAUUGCCAGAUACGAAGUUUGCCUGACCAAGACCAAAGACUAUCACACCUACUCCAAGAAGCUUGCCAGUGCAAAACUUGACGAGGUCGAGCUUGCGGAGAGAAAGAUGGUAGCAGCUGAGAAGUGGGCUGAAAAACCUGAGAAGAAGAAGGUUUCUUUCUCCAACAUCUUCAGUUUCCGCACGUAG